AUGAAUUCGACAUCCUUAGGAACAAGAAUAAGGAAUAAUAGAAAAUCUAUGUCUAACUUGACUAUUAAUAAACUAUUACUCCCUACCAAUUUAAGAAAUAGGGAAUAAAAUUACAAUUCAAACAAUCAAUAAAAUUCUGAUUAACUUAUUGAAGAGAAUGUGUUUUUUAUCCCAAAGCAAACUUUAAGAAGAGUUAAAUAUUCAGACUAAAAUAGUAUUUAUAAUUUAAUCUAUCUCUAGUUUUAACUACAAACAAAUCACUUCAAUCCUAAAUCAUUAAUAAAUACUUACAAGAAAGUCUUUAAUUUCGUUCAUAAUGCUCUCGAAAAUAAAUAGUGAUUAAAGAAUUAGUAUCUCCAUCCAAACCAUUUAUCGCCAAAAGAAAAGAUAAUGUUCUAAACACAGAACCAAGUUAAGAAAUCUAAUAGUAAUAAUUAAUGCCAUUAUUGAAAUCAUCCAUUAUUCAUGAUGAUUAAUAUAAGUUUACAUUCUAUAGUCCAAAAACUCAAGAUCAUAAAUUAAGAUUACCUAAAGAAUUUUAGAUAUUGCCUUGUAGUAAAAAGCGAUACUUUAUCUGA